UUCUCCGGCUACUUUCGCAAUUGGCCGCCGACUCGGGCGAAAGUUGACGCGGCGCGCCUACGCGAGGUGCGGAAAACAACGUCGCUAUCGCCCAAUCCUUUCUAGCAUCCGUUUGCAACGUCUUUUUCGUCGUCGGACGCGCGUCGGGGCAACCGGUUUUCCCGCACGACUGCGUCCCAGUGGCCCCGUGAUGGUGGGCACCGCAUCCGAGCACCGUUGUCUCCGACUGACCCCAGGAUUACUGCUCACGCUGCUUCUGGCCGUCGACUGCCAUGCCCUAUUCCGACCAGUGGAACGUGGUCCCUGCCAGGCCAAGAACCCCUUCGGACCUGGAUUCAGCGACGGCGUCUGCAUGCCCAUGGUCAAGUGCAAAGAAACGCUGCACGGUAUCAUCAGGCUCAACUUCCCCGUCGUCUGCGGCUUUGAACUCCUAACGCCAAUCGUCUGCUGUCCCAUCAUGAACGGACCUGCCGGACACGGGCCGAGGGAGAGCCGGGCACCUAACCCGCUCGGCUUCCUGGGCGGCAUAUUCGGCCACGUCCCCGGAUCGUCGAAUCCUGGUCCCGGAGCAGGUCACAACGGCGGUGGACCAGUUCAUCAGGGCUUUCCACAAGACUAUGGAAAGCACACAGGAAAUGGCCAGGGUCAGCAUCCUGGAGUGAGGCCACAUCAACCAGACUCUUUUGGUGGACACAAUGGGAGGCCAUUGCCUGGCGACCAAGGCCCAAACACCGGACCACGGCAUCCAGAUUCUUUUGGCGGUCAUAAUGGAAGGCCAGGGACAGGAGACCAAGGCCAUAGCAGUGGAGUCGAACCCCACAAUCAAGGCUCUCCUGGUGGUCAUGGAAGGCCAACGAGAGGAGGCCAAGGUCAAGGUUCCGGGUCCCCACCACAGCAUCAAGGUUCACAAGGAAGUCACAAAAUGCCAAAUCCCACGGAUCAAGGCAACGCCAUGGCCGGGCAGCCCUGCAGACAGAAGGAGUGCCCGCCGCAAGACCCCGACGAUUACAUCCACCUGAUCGACCCGAGGAGGGGAAAGCCGUAGCGAAAAACCCGUCAACAGGAAGCGGUCCUGCAUGGUCCGAGAGAUCUGGCAUCCAAAGUGGACUUUAGUUCUACAUCUGUUUAUACUCCGCUUCGCCCUAUUUCGGACAGAAGCAGACUGUGCUAGCCGAUGGAGCGAAUCAGUGCCAAAGGUGCAGCGUCAUGCUGGUCGUCGUCUUUGUGCGUGUGCAGCGUCGGCUAAAUCAGUCAAGCACUAGAAAGGAGCCGAGAUAUUGCGCUUUCAGUACGUGCAUCUGCAUUUGUAUGUGUCGUGUUAUAUACUCCGUUUUACUGUAAUUCCGGCCGUAGCCGACGCAAGGGUCCAAUGGAGCCAAUCAAGCACUACAAAAAGUGCAUCGUCAUGGCGCUCAUCGUCUCUGUGCGUUUGCUAUCCGCGGCUGUACCAAUCAGGAACAGUAAAAGCCCCAUGAUCCUGCGGUUUCUUCUGUGUACGUGAUUGGUUUUAACCGGCGAUUUUCAAACGCACAAAGACGAGGGCGGUGACGAUGCACUUUUUGUACUGCUUCACUGGCUCCAUUGGACCGUUGCGUCGGCUGCGGUCGGGCUUCAUGUGAAAGGGAUUAAAUUUCACUGCGCUCCGACUUAUUUUUGUAAACUUGGAUUGGGUAAUAAAAGUAAUUGGGAAGCAC